ACUGAAAUAUCUGAUUUAUCAUAGAAGCUGGAAAUUUUCAAAAUAGAUGGCGUACGACUUGCUGCCACUUGGGAAAUCAGAACGUGCAGUUUUUAUUGUAGCGGUACCGCGAAAAUUUCCGUAGACCGGUUGCCGUUUAGCGUAAAGAUACAGGUUCUCGCUCUGAGACACAUUGUUUUGAGCCUUUUAGGUAGCGAGAAAGUGGAAGUGGUCCGAUUUCAUGGAUGCAGUUUUAUUUAUGAUUUCCUGUCUUAUUUCUGUCAUAGUUUCUGGGCAACAAUUAAUUUUUAUAGCAUUCAGAAAGAGUGCAAUUCGAUAACUAUUUUAAACCGAUUCUGGCCAGUGGCUUUUGGAGUAGAAACAAAGAAUUGGAUGUGGCUCUUUUGCAAUACUCGCACUCGACUGGAUAGCUGAGAUUUUGUCAUAAAGCAACUGGAAAUUAUUGCGUUACAGAUACAUGCCAGAGUUGCUUUUUCCCGGACAACUGUUUGGUCAUUUUAUAUUGUCCCCUAUCAGCAGCGAGCGGAGACGUGGCUGCGUUCGGGGCUGAGAAGAAAUGAGUGCGGGAUUAGCGGCCAAGGGACGCAUGCAAAUGCCUUCGCGAGCUCGUGCUUAUGCGGAUAUUAAUACACAACGUCCUCGGGAGUAUUGGGAUUACGAGGCGCAUGUUAUUCAGUGGGGCGACCAGGAUGAUUUUCAAUUAGUGCGAAAGUUGGGGCGGGGAAAGUAUAGUGAAGUUUUUGAAGCCGUCAACAUUACCAACAACGAAAAAUGCGUCGUGAAAAUUCUCAAGCCUGUUAAGAAGAAGAAAAUAAAGCGGGAGAUCAAGAUUUUAGAGAAUUUACGAGGCGGGACGAAUAUUAUUAACUUAUUAGCAGUUGUAAAAGAUCCUGUGUCCCGAACGCCGGCUCUGGUUUUCGAGCACGUCAACAAUACGGAUUUCAAGCAAUUGUAUCAGACACUGACAGAUUACGAUAUUCGCUUUUACCUAUUUGAACUGCUAAAGGCCUUGGAUUAUUGCCACAGUAUGGGUAUUAUGCAUCGAGAUGUUAAGCCUCAUAAUGUGAUGAUCGAUCAUGAAAAUCGUAAGCUUCGACUGAUUGAUUGGGGAUUGGCGGAAUUCUAUCACACCGGUCAAGAGUACAACGUACGUGUGGCAUCGCGGUAUUUUAAAGGGCCGGAGUUGUUGGUGGAUUAUCAGAUGUAUGACUAUUCACUGGAUAUGUGGUCACUCGGCUGUAUGAUGGCCAGUAUGAUUUUCCGGAAGGAACCCUUUUUCCAUGGUCAUGACAAUUAUGAUCAGCUGGUGCGAAUAGCCAAAGUCCUUGGUACCGAUGAAUUGUUUGAAUAUUUGGAAAAAUAUCAGAUCGAUCUGGACCCUCGUUUUAACGAUAUCUUAGGAAGGCAUUCCAAGAAAAGGUGGGAACGAUUUGUUCACAGUGAAAAUCAGCAUUUGGUUAGCCCGGAAGCACUGGAUUUUUUGGAUAAAUUACUGCGAUAUGACCACCUGGAACGGUUAACAGCGCGAGAAGCUAUGGAUCACCAAUAUUUUUAUCCUGUAGUCAAGGACCAGGUUGCGGGGCAGCCAAGUGGUGCAUCGGGGAAUGCACGCGGUGCAAAUGCCGGGGGCAUUCCUAGCCCCCUAGCACUGGGUGACGCCGGAUCACCCAUUAGUAUUUCUCCAGGCGGCAGUCCUACGCGCGGCUGAUCUUGCAAGAAAGGCGAACCGUCGCGGAUUUUGUUUUUUAUCCUCGGUAAUUUUGUGGAAGAAACACAUGGUGCAGGAAGAUCAAACGAGAAUGAAGUCAGUUUUUUCUUUCUCAGUGCAAUUGCGGGCUAAUAGUUCAUCGAAAAAUCCUAAUAUUGCUUAUCCGGCGUUCACUGUGGACACAUUGUGUUUCUUUCUCUUUCGGAUUUUUAUGAUAAUUUAUACGUCUGGAUUUGUUGCCUCUCUUGAUGCGCUACCCUGCUUAAGUCCGUCGUGUUUGGUCGGAAUUCAGUUUGACAUGAGUGUUUUUUCAGCUUCUAAUCUGUGGAGUACUUCGUAAAUUUGGUUGAAGUGGUUUUUCUGGAAAGUCGUAUACUGCCGACUGUCGAUAACAGAACAUAAACUGCUGAGGGUCCGA